UAACUAAAAAUGGAUUAUCUAAAUCUGGUCUGGCUGUGUGACCAGUAUUUUUCCAAGAAAUGGUUUAAACAAAGGAUGGCAAGGAGAAAAACAUGUUGGGAGGGCGGUUGGAGUUUGGGUCUCUUGACAGUAUAUAAAAACAGAUUGGAGCGCAGUUGAGACAUUACACAUUCUCUUCACACUAGAUGAGAUAUUUCAGAGGAACAGUCAAGUCUGAAUCUAGGAUGAAGAUCCCACUUGUGCUGUUUGUGGUAAUCAUUGGAUGUUGUGCCAAAGAAAAUUUGCAUGGCACGUCUUUCCUGUUUUCUAAGAGUAGUACCGUAGCAAAAGUGGUUUUGAAACCCACAAUCUCCAAACCUUUGAGUAAUAUUACCGUCUGUCUGCAGUCCUACACGGACCUCAUCAAUAAAGACUCCCUCUUCAAACUGGAGGCUAAAAAUUCCUAUCCGUUCCAUCUCUUCCAAGCCUCAGACUAUUACUACAUUAGAAUAGACCGAGAUCAAGUUUACUUCAAGACUAGCAAAGAGAGCAUGGAGUGGAGACUCAUCUGUGUUUCUUGGGAGUCCAGCACCGGAGUCAUCCAUUUUGUUGUCAAUGGGAAACUCUUUCCAAGGAAGGUCUUAAAGCCGGGUUUCAUCAUAGACCCAGAGGUUACCGCGAUCCUCGGGCAUAAUAUUGUCUUUUCUGAUAUUGGUUAUGGUAUGCAUGAACUUUCUUAUGUGGGUGAAAUUAGAAAGGUUAACAUGUGGGAUCAGGCUCUCCACCCCAGUGAGAUGCAAUCAAUGUAUUUUAAUAAUUGUUAUAACUGUAAUGGAAGUGUCAUUAGCUGGGAGUCUGUGGACUAUGAGAUUUAUGGAGAUGUCCUCUUGUAUAAGCCAUCGAAGAAACCUUAGUGGAUGUAACUAAACUGUUGAGAAAAUCUAUAGCUGAUCAAAAUUCUAGGGAUGCUAUUUUG